GGGUCUGAGCGCACAUUUCCCCUUGGCAAGAAGUGCCGUUGCUGUGACGCAUGAGCCUGUCGCCUUAAAAAGUGUGUAAUUAGUGGUACAGAAACGAACUGCUCGAUUCCAGACGCGCGUAGAGAACUCACAGCGGUUCUGCUGAAGUUCUUACCUGCUUGGAACUGCACUUGCUUGCUGAUCCAGUUGAGAUCUUGCCCUAGCUGUGAGAUGAGUACUGAAGCAGAACAGCAGCUUCUCCAUGAUGCUAGAAAUGGAAAUGUUCAAGAGGUUAAACAGCUGUUGGAUACCAUGGACAAAGGAGAAAUAAGAUUUGAUAUCAACUGUAAAGGCAGAAGUAAAUCUAAUAUGGGUUGGACACCUCUUCACCUUGCUUGCUACUUUGGACAUGCUGUUGUGGUAGAGGAUUUGCUGAAGGCUGGUGCAGAUGUGAAUGUGCUGAAUGACAUGGGGGACACUCCACUCCAUCGUGCAGCUUUCACAGGACGCAAGGAGGUGGUGAUGUUACUCUUGCAGCAUAAUGCUGAUACUUCUAUUGUUAAUGGGAGUGGAGAGACUGCCAAAGAAGUUACUCAUGAUAAAGACAUAAGGAAUAUGUUGGAAGCAGUUGAAAGGACACAAGAAAGGAAACUGGAAGAAGAACUUUUAGGAGCAGCAAGAGAGGGGGAAACAGGGAAACUGACUGCCUUGUUGAACAAGCCCAAACCACCUGAUAUCAACUGUACAGAUCAGAUGGGGAACACACCAUUGCAUUGUGCAGCAUACCGUGCCCAUAAGCACUGUGCAUUGAAACUUCUAAAAAAUGGAGCAGAUCCUAAAAUAAGAAACAAAAAUGAUCAGACGCCCCUCGAUCUAGCCCAAGGUGCCGAAAUGAAACUGAUACUGGGAGGUAAAACUGGAAAGGUUAUCAACAAACCCCUGAGACGAUACGAAGGUCUCCUAUGGAAGAGCUCACGAUUUUUUGGUUGGAAACUCUACUGGAUAGUUCUAGAACAUGGAGUCCUUUCAUGGUAUCGGAGACAAGCUGAUGCAGUGAAUAAUGAUCAUCGUCAGGGAUGCAAGCAUCUAACACAAGCUGUCUGCACGGUAAAAUCUACAGACAGCUGCUUCUUUUCUGUCAGAUGUUUUGAUGACACUGUUCAUCGUUUCAAAAUUCCUAAAAAUAGCCUUCCCUCUCAAACAAGAGAGAGUUGGCUGGAAGCAAUAGAAGACCACUCAGCAUAUAGCACUCACUACUGCACACAGGAACAGUUGAGUAGUGAUGAUGAGGAAGAUGAUACAGUAUCUGUUACAGACCUACAAGAUACUCUGAAAAAAGCACAAGCAUGCCAACAAAGACUCAGUAAAGAGAUUUCAGACUUCCUUGCAAUGGUUAAAUCUUUGGAUGCUACAAAAGGAAUAUCUUCUCCACUCCUGCAAAAAGUUGAUGUUGUCUCUGAAGUAUCCCAGGAAACAUGUGAGGCCCUGGCUGACUGCCUCAACCUAUUUACAAAGCAAGAAGGGGUGAGGAAUUUGAAACUGGAGCAUGAGCAGGAGAAAAACAAGAUCUUGUCAGAAGCAUUAGAGACACUAGCUACCGAACACCAUGAACUAGAGCAGUCACUGGUUAAGGGAUCUCCGCCUCUCAGCAUCAUCAGUGAAGAGCAAUUCUAUGAUGCUGUUUCAGAUUCAGAAUCUGAAAAAUCAUUAAGUGGGUUUGAAACAACAGCAGCCUACUCAUUAGAGGACAGCAUGGAUUCAAAAGAUACAAUAACUUCAAGCGUGUCUGAAGAAAAGGUUUGUGGCAGUGGGGAGUCGCUGUCUAACGGAAUCAAAAAACACAGAACAAGCUUGCCAUCUCCGAUGUUUUCCAGAAAUGACUUCAGUAUCUGGAGUAUCUUAAGAAAAUGCAUUGGAAUGGAGUUGUCAAAGAUCACAAUGCCGGUUAUAUUCAAUGAGCCACUGAGCUUUCUGCAGCGACUUACAGAGUAUAUGGAGCAUACAUACCUCAUCCACAAAGCCAGCUCACUUUCCAGCACAACUGAGCGAAUGCAGUGUGUUGCUGCAUUUGCUGUGUCUGCUGUAGCCUCACAGUGGGAACGUACAGGGAAGCCGUUCAACCCGUUGCUUGGAGAGACAUAUGAGUUGAUCAGAGAUGAUCUUGGAUUUAGACUUCUCUCAGAGCAAGUUAGCCAUCAUCCACCAAUCAGUGCUUUCUAUGCUGAAGGUUUAAAUAAUGAUUUUGUGUUUCAUGGAUCAAUUUAUCCUAAGCUCAAAUUCUGGGGCAAGAGUGUGGAAGCAGAACCAAAAGGCACAAUGACUUUGGAGCUUCUUGAACACAGUGAAGCCUACACAUGGACAAAUCCUACGUGCUGUGUGCAUAACAUUAUUGUGGGCAAACUUUGGAUUGAGCAGUAUGGAAACGUGGAAAUAACUAACCAUAAAACUGGUGAAAAGUGUGUACUGAGCUUCAAGCCCUGCGGCCUCUUUGGGAAGGAGUUGCACAAAGUUGAAGGCUACAUUCAGGAUAAAAGCAAAAAGAAACUCUGUGCGCUGUAUGGGAAGUGGACUGAAUGUUUGUACAGUGUUGACCCAGCUACAUUUGAAGCUUACAAAAAAAAUGACAAGAAAAGUGCAGAAGAGAAGAAAAGCAGUAAACAGAUGGGCAAUACUGAGGAACCAGAUGAGAUGCCUUUGCCAGAUUCUGAGAGUGUGUAUGUUAUUCCUGGAAGUAUUUUGCUAUGGAAGAUAACUCCAAGACCUCCAAAUUCAGCACAGAUGUAUAAUUUUACUAGCUUUGCUAUGGCUUUGAAUGAGUUGGACAAAGAAAUGGAGAGUGUAAUUCCCAAAACUGACUGCCGGCUACGACCAGAUAUCAGAGCCAUGGAAAAUGGAGAAAUAGAUCUAGCUAGUGAAGAAAAGAAGAGGCUAGAAGAAAAACAAAGGACCGCCCGCAAAAAUCGUUCAAAGUCAGAGGAAGACUGGAAGACGAGGACCCCUGCUGAGCCAAGGACAGGUGUACUAGUCAGAUGCCCCUGGCUGCCCAAUUGCCUCAAAAGACAGCUAAGUAUAAAUUUACUACUUUAGCUUUAGUAAUACUGGUUUGGGAUUGCAUAAUUUUUCAUGAAAGUGAUUGCUACCACUGUUAGUAUUUUGUAAUGAUGACUGGAAAGGGAAUUUGAGUGUCCUUUUUAGGCUACCCUGCUUUCACUCCCAAGAGGUUCAAUGAGCACCCUUGCAACACCGCACAGAGCUCUACACUAACAUAACACACUUCCUCUUCAAACAGUUACAGAGCAAGUUUUAAAUAUGACUACAAUCAAUUGUUGGAAAGACAAUCAGAUUGUUGUAAAUUGAAAAGCAGUUCAAUACAACAUUUAGGGAAUUUUAUUUAAGAAUAAAGCAUAACUAGAAUAUGAAACAAGCAUUCAAAGUCAGAGAGAGAAGAAAUUAAAGUGCUUUAGAGUAAAUUAGAAACAUUUUUCAAAGGUGUAGGAAUACAACAAAUACAAUUGUGUGUGGUUUCUUUUCUUUAAUGAUGAACAAGUAAAUUUGAUGUCUUAAAAUCGCAUCUUAAACCUUGUUCACCCUACGGUUGAUCUCAACAUGACACAUGUAACUCGCUUUCUAAACCAAGAGACUGUAAUUAUACUGGAAGAACAAAGGCUGAGGUAAUUGCUGACUAGAAAACUUUGUUACAGAGUCACUUGACAUCCCAGAAGUUUUCCCAAUACUUGAUACCAUCUUGUUCAGGAGGCGACCAAUUAAAAGACAAAUUCGAGGAGCAAGGGAACAAAACUCAUGUCCACGUUUCUUUUAAUUUUACUCAGAAAUAUAAAAGUGCAAGUUCUGUAAAUUAACAACAUUUACAGUACAUCACAAUAAAUAUGCCACCUUGUGACAUCUAAAAAUGCUAGUUAUUUAUUUGAAAUGAUUCAUAUUGAGAUAAAAACUGCAUCAACAUCAACAAAAAUACCUGACCCAGUAAAGACAGUCUUAACAUAUUAACUAGCAAGAUGCAUAUUCCAUUAUUGCUAUUAGACCAUGCCUCCGAGUUCCAAAGUAUAAAAACUGAUCAGUUUACACAAAAUACCAUUGAAAUUUUUCUCAUCACAGGCACAAUCUAACAUAAAAAAUAAUUCUGACAUUUACAAUGUAGGAGAUUCUCCUACGAAGUGAGGAAAAAAAAAAAUAACAGAAACAGAUAGUUCUAUUUCAGUGAUGAUUCGCUAAAUCCACAGAAAAGCUGCAAUUUGCACAGAGCUGAACUGCUAUAUGAAUAUAUAGUGUCUUUCCAUAACCAUUCCUGGCCUGGUGAGAACAACAGGCCUUUUAGUAAAUUUACUACAAUUUGCUAGCUACCUCCAAGUAUGUAGACCCUAGAUAUCCCAACACAAAUCGCAUGCAGGUGCUUUGUGUCCUGAACAGCCUAGUCUCACAUUAUAUUUAUGCAGUGUAUUUAAAAGGAAUUUUGUCAGUAACUGUACCGUUUCUAGCUCUUUACCCAGAAGGGACUGUGUCUCUGAUUGCAAAACAUUAAAAGUCAGGUAGGACAAAAUAAGAUUUCAAGUACAUUAAAGCCCAUUUUUAAAAUCAUUAUUUGAAUUCUAAGUAAUCACUAUAUAUACAAUAUAUUGUUUUCUAGUCAAUACUUAUUUGGAUUGACCAAAUAAGGUUGAACACUCACUUAUGACUCAGUAUUACUGUCAAAGUUGAAUAAAAAACCCAGUGUACUAUCUGUAACACACCUAGAUUAUAGAAAAAUAAAACUGCUUUUUUAAGAGUUAAGAGUCUCUCAUCUCCUUCAGGAACUGCAACGGAAGUGUUUAACUGCUCUAGGAAUGCCUUUCAUAGCAGGAACUGUGUAUUUCUAGAGAGAAAUAGAAGUGUCUCAACCGUUUCAUUUGGCCUACCAAAUAGGCUAUUACUUUUCUCCUCCAUAUCAGUCUUGCUUUAGAUGCAACCUCAAAAGCAAAUCAAUGAAGGUUAGGUGUGGGCAAGGUCUAAAACUUUGGCAACAUAUUUACAAAAAGGUAAGGAAAAAAAAAAAAGUAAGCUAAGGAACUGUUUAAGGCAACCUGACCAAAGUAAAGAUAAGGCUUUUGGAUCACUAUUUCCAAGGAUAUCCAGUUUUCUUAGCUUUCCAAAGUAACAUCAACUAACUUUCUGGUCAGAUUUCCAUUCAUAAGCUUCUUUAAAAAAAUAUUUACCUUCCUAGAAUAUGAUAUUAACUGAAUAUAAAACAUAAGGAGAUACUACAUAUUACAGACAAAAGUAAAAAAAAAAAGCUACAGAUGAGCACACAGAUGGCCAAGUAUCAAAAAUUCUAUGGUCAUAAUAGAAGUUGUAAGCUCUCCGAGGUAUUUCAAUAUCUUAACACCACAGGUUUGGAAUACCAUAUCGAGACUUAGGAUAUCGUAGUAUUGGUAUAAUUACCAAAGUAGAUUUUUGGUUUUGUGUUUUGUUUGGUUGGGUUUUUCAACACCUUUAAAGGUCACUGCUCUAAAGACUCAGCAGUUUGAGUAUAAAAUAUGUAAAAUUACUGUAUCUGGCAUAUGUAUUUUAACAUAAUGUUCACAAUAUUAAGAGCAGAAAUAAGAACUGCCCACACUGUAAUUGUAUGUCAAACAAAGGAAGUAUUUGGCUGGAAUGUUCCAGAAGCAGAGAUCCUAACUAUUGACAUAAUUUAUAUCACAAGUGUGAGCUGGGUUGGGAGGGAAGGAAUGAAGAAUGGAAGGAGAUGUGAGGUUUAAAAUUCACACAUUAGUCAUCAUGAAGUCACUGACAUAAGCCACUGAAAUUUAGUAAGAUCUGCUUUUCGCAGCUCAACUGUUUUUCUCCUCCCGUGCACUGGCUAAUGCUUGAAGAAAAAAAA